GUGAUCUAUUUUAUUUUGUCGUAAAUUUUUAUACAUAAAUAUUAUUACUUAUAAUAGACUUUAUAUAAUGGAUAUAAAAAUGAAGUUAUUGAUUCUAAUUUUACUGAUAUCUUCAACAACAGCUGUAACGGCGCAAUUUGGUGAAGAAAGGCAGGAAGAAACUAAUAACAACGUUAGAUCCCGAUUCGAUCAAACAGAAGGUAGAACAAAUACAAAUAGUAAGGGAUUCGGAAUUAGCGGAAGCAGUUCUGGACAGAAAGGUUUGGAGUCAUCUUCGAUGCGUGGUAGUUCUAGAUCUCAUUAUAAACACAGAAAAUAUGGACAUCUCAAAGCUAAAGGCCAAUUCCGUUCACGUGGAAUCGGUAGACACGGUAUCGUGUCAUCAGAAUCUACAUAUUAUGUAAUUGAAGGCAAAUUCGAUAGAUAUGGUCGAAAGAGACCUACUAAGUCGAAAUUCAAAACUCGUGGAAAAGAGAAGAAAUAUUCUAAAAAAAUUGUUGAUAAUCAAUUCGAUAUUAAAGGUGGUUUAAUUGAAGAACGUAAAUAUAAACGAACUGGUGAUUAUCAAGCGAAUGGUACUCAUGCUUAUAUCCAAGUUGGAGCUGAACAACAUGAUUCUUCAAAUGUAAAAACAGAAAAUAGAGAAAGUAAACAUUCACAAAAGAACAAGCAAUUUGAUCUUAAUCUUAACAAUAACGUAACCAAUAAAAGUUUAAAUUUACGACAUCAAAAAUAAAACAUUUCAACAAUUUUAGGUAUAUAAUUUCUAUUAGACUAUAAUAAACGUAAUAUCGAUUUUCAUGUUAAUAACCUUUUGAUAUUAUAAUUUAUUGAUUCGUUUUGAUCUUCACACAUUAUUGAUAAAUAAUAAAAUCUACUAUUUCUACAUUGCAAGCAAUACAUAGAUCUUUUCAAAGAACGAUAUAAUUAAUUCCUAGAAAUCUCUCAUGACUAAGAUAAAUCAAACUAAAAAUAAAGUGAUGAGUUAGUUGUUCUGUGUCUACUGAUUUUCAGUGAUUAUUUAACUGACAUCGAUUCGUGAUCUCCAUAAUAAACUGUUGUUAUUGAACAUGAGCAUUUGUAUUCGUAUUGAACCAAUUCAAGGCCAUUUUUUAAAAUGUAAUCCUACUUUCGCAUAACUGAUGUACUGUAUUGUUUAUGAACUAGAACUACAAGAAAUUUUAUCUACCUGUUA